AUGUCUGUUAACAGAAAGCUGAUUGCUCCUCUUGUGACUCGUCAUGGGAAACUCUGGUCCAACUUUUGGGGAGCACUGAGCGCUGAUGGAUAUUAUGCUCGAUCAGAAGACUACGUGGAUAUUGUCCAAGGAAACAGAGUAGGUAUAUGGAAUGUUCCUUAUGUAGCUAAUAUAUACCUGAUCAAAGGAGAGACACUCAGAUCGGAGAUGAAAGAGCAAAAUUAUUUUGCACGUGAUAGAUUGGAUCCUGAUAUGGCCCUCUGCAGAAAUGCCAGGGAACUGACUGUACAAAGGGAAAAAGACUCCCCUUCAGCGGAAACAUUCCAUAUGCUCAGCCCCCCAAAGGGUGUUUUUAUGUACAUCACUAACAGACAUGAAUUUGGGCGACUUUUAUCAACUGCCAACUUCAAUACUUCUCACUACAACAAUGACCUCUGGCAGAUCUUUGAAAAUCCUGUGGAAUGGAAGGAAACAUAUAUAAAUGCUAAUUAUUCAAAGAUCUUCACUGAAAAUAUAGUGGAACAGCCAUGCCCAGAUGUGUUUUGGUUCCCCAUAUUUUCUGAGACAGCCUGUGAUGAACUGGUAGAGGAAAUGGAACAUUGUGGAGAAUGGUCUGGUGGCAAACAUCAUGAUAGCCGUAUUGCUGGAGGAUAUGAAAAUGUUCCGACUGAUGACAUUCACAUGAAGCAAAUUGGGCUAGAGAAGGAAUGGCUGCAUUUUAUUAGAGAAUUCAUUGCUCCAGUAACUCUGAAAGUAUUUGCUGGCUACUAUACAAAGGGCUAUGCCUUGCUAAAUUUUGUUGUAAAAUACACUACUGAUAGACAGCGAUCCCUCAGACCUCAUCAUGAUGCAUCAACAUUUACUAUCAACAUUGCUCUCAACAAAAUAGGAGAGGAUUUUCAGGGAGGUGGAUGUAAAUUUCUGAGAUACAACUGUUCAAUUGAGUCCCCUAGGAAAGGAUGGAGUUUCAUGCAUCCAGGAAGACUUACUCAUUUACAUGAAGGACUUCCCAUUCUGAAUGGAACAAGAUACAUUGCAAUAUCAUUUAUUGACCCAUAACUUUAUUUCCUUGGCUCCUUAAAAGACAACGUUUGACUCCCAAUGACAAACUCUUAUUUAUUCUUCUCCCAGAAGAUGGUGACAAAAGAAGCUUCUUCUAGAGAAAGCUGCUUUACUUUGGGCUAACAUAUUGGGGACACAGUUUUACAGAGUUGUUGGAAAUCUUCAAGCAUCUGCUCUGAGCCUUGAUUCACGAAAUAAAAAAGAAAUGUUCAAAUUUUCUCAUUAGCUGCCUUUAAGAAGACUUUUUGUGAGCAUUUCCAGUUCAUAGAUAAACACAAAUAAUUGGUGCAAAUAUAUGUGGUUUCUUCAGGUACUAAAAAUGAGUCUGAAAGAAGAAAUAUUCCAGAAUGGAACUCCCUUUGAUUCACCAAGUGUCCUUUGGUCAGUCUGAGCUGUUAAGAAAAUAACUUUUUGCUCCAAAUCAGCUCUGGCCAUCCAGUCUCUCUCUCCCAAAUCUUGCUAAACCCUAAUACCAGCAUGUCUUGAAAACCAAAUUUUCUACUCUUAUUUAUCACUACUUGAAUUUUUUUUAUCAGGAAAUCAAUAAAUAGAUGAAGUUGCUCUUCUCACAUUUUGCGGGUUUUGACUUGCUUUUGUUAUUAAGGGAUCCAUUUUAAAUAAUCCCUGAUGUGCCUACUGUUUGUAAUUUAAAGGUUACACUUGAAAUAAAUGCUGAAAUAAUGAAACCUGAGGUGCUCAAAUGCACUUUUUAAAAAGCCUGAUAGAAAAUAAAGUAAUCUUAAGUUAAGAAGGGCUUUUAUUGUGUCUGCUUUAUACUGCAUUUGAUCUCUGUUUUGUAAACAGAGAAUCCUAGUUUUUUAUUUUGUUUUUGUUAAGUGUGAUGUUUUUAAGUGUGUAUGUAAAUUAAUGAAUGCUUUAAAUUUUUCAAUCCUACUGGCAGGUUUCAGCAAUAAAGCCAUUUCUCUUGUGUA